AUGGACCAAACUGAUAAUUUUAAGCAAAAAUUUGAUAUAUUAAAGUUGAAAUAUUUCCACAAAUCAAAUAAAUUGAAAAGAAGCUUUCCUCCUGAAACCGCAAAGUCGUCACACACUUUUGAUUUCUUCACAAAGCAAAGCUCAAUUCAUGGCUUUCAGUUUCUUUCAAAAAGACGCAAUAGCAGUUUUUCACGAAUUUUCUGGGGACUUUCGUUAAUCAUAUCUCUUAUUGGAUUAAUAUACAACGCAAAACGUUUGUACAUCAAACUGAAUAUCUUACCAGAUAUAGGAAUUACAGUUAAGCAAGAGCUUUCAAGACACGUUCCAUUCCCUGCAAUAACAAUGUGCUUGCCAGUUUUUGCGAAGAAUCGUUUAGCAAAUUAUACACAUUUCAUGAACGAAUAUUACAGGAAUGGAAAGAAAAAUGUUUUUAAUUUGACGGAAAUGGAUAAGCAAUUUUUAGCUGUCAAUACGAUUCGAUGUAGCGAAGAUGAUUUAGACCCGAUUCUUGAAUGCUGUAAAGAUGCAAAUAUUUCAAAUAUAGUUCAUUUGAUGGAUAAAAGUUAUCUUACAAUUGAUGAAACUUUUUCAAAUUGUGAUUUGAGACUUGAAGAAAAGGAUUGUAAUCUCAUUAUUAAGAGGAUUUUAACAGAUCGUGGAUUUUGUUUCACGACAAAUUUCCAAAGAUUCAAUACAAUAUUCAAAAAUGAAGUUUUAAGUGAAGAUUUUAAGAUUUAUAUGAAACGUCCGCCUUCAGAAGCUUUAAAUAAACUUGGUGAUGAUGUUCAUUGGACACUUGAUGGUGGAUACAAGAAUGUAUCCUCAAAUUUUGUGACUCCUCUUCGCUUAGUUAAAGAAAAUGAUCACACAUUUAUAAUGUUUUCAAAAUUAGAAGACAUGUACAAUAUUUGCUUCCAAAAAAACAUUCAUAUAAGGAUUCACAUGCCGAAUGAAAUUCCAACUCUUUUUCAUCGAGGAUUCUUGCAAGAAUAUACACACGCACAGCGAGUUUUAAUUACUGCAAAGGUCAUAAAAGCUCAUCCAUCUUUGAGAAGUUAUUCACCACAUGCACGACGAUGUUACUUUACUAAUGAACGAGAGCUUCAAUUCUUUAAAAUUUAUACCAAAUAUCACUGCUACUUGGAGUGCCUGACAAAUUUUUUGCUUGAAAAAUGUGGAUGUGUGGCAUUUUAUAUGCCACGAAAUUCAUCAACUAAAAUCUGCAAUUUAAUGGAAAAAAAUUGUGUUCAAAAAUAUGUUUAUCAAUGGCCUAAUCAUGAAGAUUUGGUUGAAGGGACAACGCCUUGCCUUUGCUAUCCAACAUGCAAUGAUAUUGAAUAUUCAGCUAUUGAAUCAGACUCUGAAUAUCGUGCAACAUCACAUGCUAAUCAUAUUAAAAACUACACUAGUUUGUUGCACUAUUCGUACUUUUAUGUUAACUUUAAUGAUCACGAAGUUCAGAUUCACGAAACGUACGUAGCAUAUAAAGUGCAAAAUUUCAUUGCUGAUCUCGGUGGAUUAUUAGGACUAUUUUUGGGAUGCUCCUUACUUUCAAUGAUUGAAGUUUUAUAUUUUAUUUUCAUGGCUUUAAAACAUAGAUACUGUAAACGUAAUGUAGGCGAUGAAAUAACAAUCAAUGCAGUUUCAUCAACAAAUCAAAACAUAUUCAACAAACUUGAUAAAAUUGGGAACAACAUCUACAUAAUUCGCAGUCCACUAUUUAAGCGUGAUCGUCAGAGUUUUUUGGAAGCUUAA